AUGAGCGGAAGAGGCAAAACCGGAGGCAAGGCCAGGGCGAAGGCAAAGACACGUUCAUCCCGUGCCGGGCUCCAGUUCCCCGUGGGCCGUGUGCACAGGCUGCUGCGUAAAGGCAACUACGCCGAGCGUGUGGGCGCUGGCGCACCAGUGUACCUGGCCGCAGUGCUCGAGUACCUGACUGCUGAGAUCCUGGAGUUGGCCGGAAACGCUGCGCGUGACAACAAGAAGACUCGUAUCAUCCCCCGUCACCUGCAGCUGGCAGUCCGUAACGACGAGGAGCUGAACAAACUGCUUGGCGGCGUGACCAUCGCUCAGGGUGGUGUUCUGCCCAACAUCCAGGCAGUGCUGCUCCCCAAGAAGACUGAGAAGGCCGUCAAAGCCAAGUAA